GGUCAUAUUUAAGUGUGAGGGUUUGCAAUGUUAUGAUUCGUUCUUGAAUGCGAAUUGUCGCAUCGGGAGAAAAUGGAUGAGAGUGCGACAAAUAUGUUUCGACUCGGCGGUGGUGAAGUAGAUCGGAGAUGAGCCCCGAUUCAUUGCUCGGGAUGAGUUCAACUACCGAUAGGGAUUCGAUCAACGCAAGCUUACUUGGGAAAAAGACAUCUCAACAUUGGAUCCACGACUUUGUGUACAUCUUGAUUCAUUGAACUGUCGAAGAGGACGACAGUAAUCAAAGUUCUCCCAGCUAUGUGCCAAAAUUGGCACCAAAAGAUCGGUUGUCAAGCUCUGUUUCCACAGUAAGAAGACGAGGAAGACGAAGAACGGAGACCGUCCAAGAACGCGAAAGAGUCCUUUGACAGUUCGAUGGUGUUUGAUUCAAGGAGGAGAGAGAUGACGCUGAAGGUGUACGGUCAUCGGCUGUCGCAGCCGUCGCGGGCGAUUAUAAUCUUCUGCAAGGUCAACGGUAUUGACUUCGAGGAGGUGACGAUUGAUUUCACGACGGGCAAGCAUCGUUUGCCCGAUUUCAAAGAGAUAAACCCAAUGACAGAAGUUCCAGCAAUUGUUCAUGGAGAUUUAAAGCUCUUUGAGAGGUAGAUAUUGUUUCUUUAAGUCUAUGCUUAAAUAUAAUUUCUUUAUGCACUUCUCCUGUCCUUGCGAAAAAGAUCGAUCAAAACAUAACUCCUUUGAUGGUGGUAACUGAGUCACUGUAUCACAUUUGUCUGAACAGUUUGUCCUCAUAGUAAACUGCCCAUCAUAUAACUUAUGCUUCAUUUGAUAGAAGUAACUCUUCUAGCUUAAUUCUGAGGCAAUGUCUUGCCAAAUCAUUUGGAGAACACUAUGUUUCAAAAUUUUGUUUAUCAUAGCCUUAACUGCAUAAAAUAAUCAACCAGACCCAAGAUUUGCAGUACGUGUUGCUCCUGUUGCUUGAUCUAUUAACAAAACUUGAAUCCCAUUGGAUCCCAUCUACUCAUCCAUCCUACAACACACUGGUGUUGUAGCUUCUCUGGUAAGUUGUCAUACAUCAAGAUGGUUUCAAAAUUCCUUUUUCUGGCACCUUACCAUGUAUCAGUAGUUCUUUAAUUUUUUUGUGCUCUCUGAACUUUGUAUAUCACUUGUGGAAUGACCCUUAGGUAGACAUGAUUGUUCUUCAAGAAGACAUUAAAUUUUAUGGGCAAUUGAAAACACCAGAGUGACUAAGGUGUCCUUGAAAGGAAAAGACAGAUAAAAAUAAAAACUGCUACUAGAUAAAGGGUUUCUAAAUUUUAAACCGACUUGAACAGGCUCUGAAUCAUAUGCAAAAUUUAACAUGAAAUAAAUCUGAAAUCCCAAAGACCAGGAUGAAACAACUAUAACAAUCAAAAGAAAGAGCCUCACAUGAACAUUAUGAU